AUGGGCCCCAUGCUGCUCUACUGGGUGGCCCUCUGUCUCUUGGGGGCAGGUCCAGUAGGUUCAAGGGUCACCCAGACCCCAAAAUACGUGAUCAAAGGACAAGGCCAGCAGGUGAUACUGAGCUGCUCCCCUGUCUCUGGACACAACACUGUGUACUGGUUCCAGCAUGUCCAGGGCCAGAGCCCCAAGUUCCUAGUAGAAUAUUUCAGUGAAAGAGAGAGAAGCAAAGGCGAUUUCCCAGAGCGGUUCUCAGGACGACAGUUCUCCAACUACCACUCGGAGCUGAACCUGAGCGCCCUGGAGCUGGGGGACACAGCCAUGUUCCUCUGUGCCAGCAGCAAGUCCACAGCCCUGCAGGGCCCUCACCGACCGGUGCAUAAACCUCCUGCCCUGCUCAGGAUGUGGCAGGCAGGGACCCCAGACUGGGCUCAGGCUGCAAAGCUGAGGCCUCCUGAACCUCCAUCGCUGCUCACGCAUGUGACAGGUGUCCGUGCCCACAGACACGGUGCCGAGCGAGCUCCCACAGGUAACACAAGCGCAUCCUCUCAGGAGCAGUACAGUAAGUUCCCCUGUAACCUGGUGCGUGCUUACCGAACAGGAACCAGAAAGCUCGUGGUGCAGCGGGUGUUGGUGCCUGCACAGCUGACGCCAGCCCCAGGGCAGGGCCUUGAGUUUUUGAUGUAUUUCCAAAACAAGGAAGCAGCUGACACGUCGGGGAUGCCCAAGGCUCGCUUCUCAGCGGAGAGACCUGAAGGGGCCACCUCCACACUAAGCAUCCAGCCCGCAGAGCCGGGGGACUCAGCCGUGUACCUGUGUGCCAGCAGCUUAGCCACAGAAGAGCACAGCCUGUUCCUUCCUGUGCACAAACCACGUCGCCUCUCUCCUCCCUCCUGGAGCCGAGAACAGAGGCCGCUCAGCCCUCAGUUCCAGGGGGAGAAGCAGAGGAGGUGA